AGUUGUGUUAGCGUCAAUUUUCGUGUGUUUGUUUGUGAGCGUUAGCGAUCAAAGCGGUGACUUUCGAGUGCGAGUGCUUUUUCUAGCAGGUGUUAGACGUCGCUGGCACUGCUACAGAUGCGGCCGGGCACAUCAUAAGCAGAUGGCGUAAGCUGGCUUGCACGCGCAGUUCCUGCCGAACACCGCUCCUGCCUUCGAGCACCUGCGCGUCGCUUGCGCUGACUGCCGUAAAUCAUCCCAGUUAGACUCAAUUGUAGCACGCGCUGCCGCGGCGAAGUCUCAUGCUUUUGCGGUCCGCUGCUGUUGCUGCUGCUGAUAGCGUCGUUUGACGGUUCUGUGUACCAUCAUCGGCUUGAUGACCGACAAUCAGGAUUUGAGCUUUGCCGUCAGCGCCGUGAACGCUGUGGGCGCCGUGCGACCACCCGAAGCUCUGAUGGCGGUGUCGGGUACGAACGGCGGACUGGAUGCGCCGAACGUGUGCCGAGACUUCCUACGCAAGGUGUGUCACAGAGGCAGUCGCUGCAAGUUUGUGCAUCCUGAGGGACUAGACAACGAUGAUGUCCGCGGCACCAUGGAGCCUGUCUUCUGCCAUGAUUACCAGAACUCCGAGUGUCUGCGGCCAAACUGCAAAUUCCUGCACUGCACUCGUCAGGAGGAAGAACUGUUCCGCACAACGGGACGCCUGCCGCCAUCUGCCGGGGGUGUCGCUGAGCCGCCACAGGUGGUGGGCAUGAUCCCGCCCGUCUGCAAAGAUUUCCUGAAGGGGGACUGCCGCCGUGCAGGUCGCUGCAAGUUCCGACAUCUAGGCGAGGAGGAACCCGAGGCCAAGCGACGAGCCCUGGAUGAUGAGAUGGGCUAUCGUGUGCUGCAGCAAGAGAAUGCCAUCUUGCGCCGCAAGGUGGAUGACUUGAAGAAACAGGUGGCUGACCUGAUGGCCACCAACGAGUUUCUGCUGGACCAGAAUGCAGCAUUGCGGUUGAGCAAGCAGGCGCCCGCUGGUACCCAGCCACUGGGGAUGAUCUCCACAGCGGCUGCGUUGGGGCCCGUGGCAUCACUGGGUGGCACGGCCGACCUGACCUCCACACCACAGAGCAUGACGCCCAUGAUGCCCGUGGUGCCAGUGUCCAUAUCGUCCAGCUUGCCAGCCUCCCUUUCACAGAGCCUCGCGCAAACCAUAAUCACCAUGAGCAGCCCAUCGGCACCACUGGUUUCCUAUCCUGUCAUGACUCAAAGCCUGCGCCCAGUCAUUGCCCACCGCAUGACUCACUAGGCUCAUCCCAGGUGGCAGCCAUACUCCUGAUCUCUCUUGCACUGGUCUGGAUCAUGCGAAGGGCAUGUCUCUUGAGUGAAGCAUGUGGCGAUGCAGCGGCUGAAGCUGCGUGUCCUUGUGCAACACCACUCUCUAGCUGCGAGACGUCACAUCUUGUUGGUACGGACAUUCUGCUGCUGGAUGGCAGCUGUAUUUGACACCAUUAGUUUUCUGCUGUGGUGACGCCCGCACAAAAUCCUGACAAGUGAUAUGGAGAUCAUUUCCCCACCCCCCUCCAGUUCACCCCAAGUCCCUUGGAUACAAGCCAUUCCUUGCCGGUUUGUGCGGCAUGGACUCGCGUUUCAACUCACCAGCUCUCCGGCUGCCUUAGUUGUGUCUGAUGCCAAGUUAAGGCGGGAAGCUGUAUCAUAAUUAUUACAAGACCUGGUGCAAAUGUUGCGAGCUUGUGGCUUCAAAGGAAACCAGAUGUGUUCUUGUACUCCUGGCUGAAAAAAAAAAAUCGCCAGCAUUCUAAACAUCGGGUGAUUAUCAGUGUGAAACUUUGCUUAAAUUUGACACCUUUUCUUCUUUUAUUUUGUACUAUAUUUUUGGUAGGCGUGAUGUGUUUUCGACUUUCUGUCUUGUUUCACAUAUUUUUAUAAGCAUGAUGAAUUUCCUCACGGUGCUUUGCUGUUGCACACUGUGGUACAAUCAUUAACAUGCAUUGUUGCCACUGGUUUCAAUGUAUAUCCUACUCUUCAUUGUUUCAUGCUUCUGUCAUCUUUCACAUUGGACACUUUUGUGACUGCAAUUAACAAACUAUAUUCUGACACAGGCAUCACAACAGGAGCACAGCAACAUUAUUAAAUUGCCAGUGCUGCUUCAUAUCUUGCAUCUUUCUGUGUACAUUCAGAAAAAAAAAAUGAAAUAUGCUCUCUUUUUAGCCCUGUAGCGUCCUGUUGUACAUUUUUUUUCCAUCUUUGCCAGGCACAUGCCACAAUGUGGUCUCGCUUUGUCUUGCCGAUAUUUUUGACUACCUUGCCCACACAUUGCCAGAUUGAGGCGGUUACACAGUUUAUUGAUGCUACGUAAGGUACUGUUGGAGAUAGUUUCCAAGACACACGUGUGUUGACCAAAUUGCAUUGCAGCAGCCAUCAACUGGCUGCUUGGUUAUUCCAGUUUCAAGGCGAUGCUUGAUGCAUUUCAUUUCAUGCUUGCAACUUUGGUUGUGUGGGAGUGUCCACCCACCAACGUUUUCUUCAUGGUGCCUUGGUUGUUGAUAACAAAGCAGAAAUUCAAAUGUUACUUAGCUCAAGGCAUAACUGAAGGAAAAACCUUAUCUAGCAAGCAUUGUUCACCAGUAAGCACACAAGUUUCUUGACUUGUUGCGAGUCAUCGCAUUACGAUAGUAUGUGGCAUACAAUCCUCUGGGAUGGCUUCGAGUGCAGGCAUGGAGUGUAAAUAUUGUAUAUGGUCUUGAAACUAGAGUACCAAGUUACCAUGUGAUGCAGCCAUGCAGUUUGAUCAACGUUCUUGUGGUUCACGAACUGGCAAUGGUACAAUAAUCUGUAAAGCUGUCACAUUGCCAGACUUUCUUUUUUUCUCUAGAUGGGAUGGGGGGGUUAUGGAGAUGAAGCUUUGUGAAAUGGUGCUCUGGAGAACUGUACUUAUUUGAGUGGAUUGUGCUAGCAACCUGUAAUUCAGGGAGCUGGUUGCCUUUGCUGUCACAGUGGUUGCUUGCAUGUUUUAGAGAGUCUUUCACAUUGUCUUGCGUAUUGCCGUGCUUUAUGUGGCUGCUUUGCCACUACAUUACAGGUUGUACUGGAGUAUGUACGAGCGCAUUGUGAUCGAAGCCUGGAAGCUAGUAUGGCUGGCUUAUAAAGCUGGCUUGCUCCCAAACUGUUUCGGUAUUUGCUAAUGGCUUUUCUUCACUCUUUAAUAUAAUGCAGGUGCCAAACAUUGCUAGACCAGACAACUUUUUACCAGUAGCUGUACCGGUAGCAGUGGGUAGAUGCUAGGGUACCCGUGCUGAUGAAGACAACUAGGUUCACUCAUUUGCUGCUGAGACUUGGGUCCUUUAACUCGGUUAGUAAACUCAAUGCUCUCGUAGUGUGUGCACUACUCUUGAGCUCAGCUGUUAUUGCAGUGAAAGUUAAGUACCAAAGAUAGCUGGUCGUAAUGAUCUUUUUUUUUUUUUUUUGCUAACUGGAAAGAGAAACUUUGCAGACUUGCACAACAACUGCAACCUGAACUUUGAACAAAAAUAUGUUCUACAGAAAGUAUCUCUCUAGAUUUCGCCUAUCUGUAAGUUGUACACCUGUGAAAACAAGCAGCAUUCUUGUGAAACAGCCUAGUUUAGUUGUGUCAAGCCAUAUAAACAGUAGUAUGCGAGCAUGCUUUGCAUUGGCCAGUGUCAGAAUUUCAUACAGCCCUACUAGAGCAAGACUGGCGCUGCAAUUGUUCAACACACUUGGGAAUAGUAAGCACUACAGGCUUUGGAUUGGAAUUUGUUAGUUCAUGUGCUGAUUUAGGAAUUCAUCUCUAGAUUUGUGGGUUCUGGACUUAUGCUGUUUGGCUCACUUCCCAUUUUGUUGUAGUGCUAGCUGGGCAGUUUCAUUUCAUUGCUAGAUGGUUGCAGAAAAAGUUCUCUUCCAUGCGCUGCUGUCAUUAUGAUGCAGCUGCAGUGCCAUUGGUAGUGACCGCUAUUGCGUGAAUGUACAAACAUUUAUUUCAGAGUGGGAAAGUCUGAACCUUGCAGCUUCGCAGCGCUUUAUGGUUCCUGGUAAUAAAUAUGUUCAUAAGAUGAAA